AUGCUGUGUUCAGGGUGUGGGAAGUAUUUUAGGUGCUUCUCAGAACUGGUGUCCCACAAAAGGACUCACACAGGAGAGACACAUUACUCGUUUCUUGUGCGGAAAAGCCUUUUCACUAAAGCGGAAUCUUUGAGGGUGAGGACACACUCCGGCAACAAGCCGCAUUCAUGCUCAAGUGUUUCAUUAGCAACUCCCAUCUCAUCAAACACGUCCGAAUCCACAUGGGGGGGAAAGCCAUUUUCUGGUUCUGAGUGUGGCAAGUUUUCAUUACCAGAUCUGACCUCAUCCGCCAUCAAGAGAUCCACAAUGGAGACUGGCCUUACUCUUGCCCUAUAUGUGGCAAGUGCAUUAAGUGGAAUUCCGACUCGAUCCGUCACCAGAGAGUUCACACAGGGGAAAAACCAUACUCUUGUGCUGGAUGUGGGAAGAGCUUCAUCAGAAAUCACAGCUGAUCGUGCACCAGAAAAACCACGCAGCCAGCAAGGUGUACAGUCUUUCGGAUUGCGGGAUGGACUGUGGGGAUCCACACUGCAUAUAAACGGUUGUGAUAUGAAGAAAGAUAUACGCAAAGUCCUACGAUAG